GCCCCGCCCGGCCAGCUCCUCACCCACCCCAGCCGCGACUGUCUCCGCCGAGCCCCCGGGGCCAGGUGUCCCGGGCGCGCCACGAUGCGGCCGCGGCUGUGGCUCCUCCUGGCCGCGCAGCUGACAGUUCUCCAUGGCAGCUCAGUCCUCCAGCAGACCCCUGCAUACAUAAAGGUGCAAACCAACAAGAUGGUGAUGCUGUCCUGCGAGGCUAAAAUCUCCCUCAGUAACAUGCGCAUCUACUGGCUGAGACAGCGCCAGGCCCCGAGCAGUGACAGUCACCACGAGUUCCUGGCCCUCUGGGAUUCCGCAAAAGGGACUAUCCACGGUGAAGAGGUGGAACAGGAGAAGAUAGCUGUGUUUCGGGAUGCAAGCCGGUUCAUUCUCAAUCUCACAAGCGUGAAGCCGGAAGACAGUGGCAUCUACUUCUGCAUGAUCGUCGGGAGCCCCGAGCUGACCUUCGGGAAGGGAACUCAGCUGAGUGUGGUUGAUUUCCUUCCCACCACUGCCCAGCCCACCAAGAAGUCCACCCCCAAGAAGAGAGUGUGCCGGUUACCCAGGCCAGAGACCCAGAAGGGCCCACUUUGUAGCCCCAUCACCCUUGGCCUGCUGGUGGCUGGCGUCCUGGUUCUGCUGGUUUCCCUGGGAGUGGCCAUCCACCUGUGCUGCCGGCGGAGGAGAGCCCAGCUUCGUUUCAUGAAACAGAAAUUCAAUAUCGUUUGCCUGAAAAUAAGUGGUUUCACAACUUGCUGUUGUUUUCAGAUUUUACAAAUGAGCAGAGAAUACGGUUUUGGUGUCCUGCUACAAAAAGACAUCGGUCAGUAACGAGCACGAUGUGGAAAAAUGAGAGAAGGGACACAUUCAACCCUGGAGAGUUCAAUGGCUGCUGAAGCUGCCUGCUUUUCACUGCUGCAAGGCCUUUCUGUGUGUGACGUGCAUGGGAGCAACUUGUUCGUGGGUCAUCGGGAAUACUAGGGAGAAGGUUUCAUUGCCCCCAGGGCACUUCACAGAGUGUGCUGGAGGACUGAGUAAGAAAUGCUGCCCAUGCCACCGCUUCCGGCUCCUGUGCUUUCCCUGAGCUGGGACCUUUAGUGGUGGCCGUUUAGCCACCAUCUUUGCAGGUUGCUUUGCCCUGGUAGGGCAGUAACAUUGGGUCCUGGGUCUUUCAUGGGGUGAUGCUGGGCUGGCUCCCUCUUGGUCUUCCCAGGCUGGGGCUGACCUUCCUCGCAGAGAGGCCAGGUGCAGGUUGGGAAUGAGGCUUGCUGAGAGGGGCUGUCCAGUUCCCAGAAGCCAUGUCAGUCUCUGAGGGCUUCCUUUGGGGCCGGGAACUUGCGGGUUUGAGGAUAGGAGUUCACUUCGUCUUCUCAGCUCCCAUUUCUACUCUUAAGUUUCUCAGCUCCCAUUUCUACUCUCCCAUGGCUUAAUGCUUCUUUCAUUUUCUGUUUGUUUUAUACAAAUGUCUUAGUUGUACAAAUAAAGUCCCAGGUUAAAGAUAACAAA